AUGUUUAGCAUCAAAGAUUGUAACAAAGGAACGUCAUUUUAUUACGUUUCCAUGAUUUUUAAAAUCCUCAAGCACUUCAACAUCGGGAUUCCAAAUCUUCAGUAUAGAUCACCUAGUAUGGCUCUAGAGUUCUCUCAGUGCACUUUAACCAACAUGGGAUACUUUUGGGAUAAAGAUCGUCAUUUGUAUUACUUCUGUGUCAGCAAGAAUGGUAAGAAAAUUUGUAACUUUGAUGACCCUGUUGAGUUUGUUGAUGUUGUUACUGAGCCACAUAUGAUUGAUGAUCAACUUAUUGAUACUCCUCAUGGAGCUCCACAGGUUGAUGCAGAUGUGCAAGAUGUUGAACAGGGGUUGGUCAAGGUUAGGCGAGAUGAGCGCUACGAGGAGGAUUGUCGUAGGCGAGAUGCUUUUGAGGCAGCUCAAGAGGAACGAUUUCGUCUUCUUCAUAAGCACAUGACAACACAAGACACCAACUUUGAAGCAUUUGCCUCGUAUGUCUCUGAAAAGCUUCUCUCUGAGCGUAAUGAGAUGGAUGUUAAUCAUGCUUCCACGAAUGCAAGGAUAAACCAUAUGAUUUCUUCUCAAAAUGAGAAUCACUACCACUAUGCACAAUUUUACAGGGAGAUGUGCAAUUUCUUGGACCAUCACUUUAGAAAUGAAGGAUAUGGUUGGUAUCAUGGUGUGAGGUCAAUGCCUAGAGGUCGUGGAGGACGUUGA